GGAAGUCAACGGGUAGCGCUUCAAAGCCAUAGAAGGCAAGGCGAGAACAGUCAUGUUGUUUGUGAGUGUAUCACACCGUGUUUACAAAUGACAACGUGCCCGACUAACUGUUAGGGUGACAGCUGGAUGUACCUUCAGCUAUUUGGACACUGGACAUUAAUGUGUAAUACCACUUGCUAAUCAGUCUGUGUGAAUAGAAAAAACCAUGGAGGCUGUAUUGCCUAGUCCCCCACGCACAGCUCCUGGGACAUCCGAGGCUCUGAAGAGGCUGACGAUGGUACCCUCAGCCUCUCCUCUGUCUUCUGGCUCAGGGAGUAAAGUCGCGUCUCGGGAAAGCCGCACUACCGAGUCCCCGGGGCUAGCUAGUGUCAGAAGCGCCGGUCGUCGCUGGAGGCGUCUCCAUGAACAGUGCAUGAUGGGAAAACUAAUGGAAAUGCGCCAACAGAAAAAAGAACAUGACAAGCUAGACAAAGAUAAUGCCAGGAAAAUGGCUCGCAAAAUUCCAGUGGAAGUUUUGGCCAAGGAAUGGUUGAAGGAAAAUGAGGCUGACGUUGAUGUCAGAGCUUAUUUGGUAGACAAGGUGUUACCUACUCUGAUCUUAGGCUGUGAAAAAUUGCUUAAUGAAGUGGAUAAGAGAGGCCUUGCAGAGAAAGACGAAGUUGAACCAAACUUCAACCCCAUUAACUUCUUGGCCAAGUAUCUAAUGAGAAACAAUCCAACAUACAGUAAUUUCAGUGAGGCCUCUCCCUAUGUGAGGGGCUUGAGAGAAGUGUCAGAGCAACUAAGGAAGGAAUUGUUCAAGAUGGAAGAUAACAGGCUCGCUCGUAUCAAAGCUGAUGUGAAAAGGCGACAAGAGGAGCGAGACAAACUGGAGAAGAUGAAGCAGGCCGAGCGUGUGCGUCGCAUGAACAUCUUCAUGAGCCAGUUUGUGGACUGGACAGAUAGUAUUGAUGGACGGCUGGAACUUACACUGGUACAAAGUGCAUUGAGGUCAUUCCAAGAGGUCAUCUCCUCCUACCCUGAAGAGCUGAGGUCAGCUGCCCAGUUCAGCCAACCUCUGGAGAAAACAGAUGAGACGGGCAUCAAAGUUAACAUCAAAGAGUUCUCAAAGUACAUGCAGCAUUUCACAGCUGAUAUGCCAACAGACAUAUUUGAUCAGUUUUUGAAUCAUCUGAGGCGCUGCGCGACAGCGUACAGGGAUGCAGUGAAUCAGGAAGAAAGGAGGAUCAUCCUCACCAACCUGUUCAACUCGUGUGAUCACAGUGGGAUCGGGCUGUUGGACAGACAUCGUGUCUUACAGCUGUUUGAACAGUUUUGGGACGGCGCGAGAGAGCCUCAUAAAAACAAACUGCAGAAUCCUCGUCGAUGGCCUGUUGUGGAGGUUGAGGAAGCAGAGGAGGGAUAUUCCGAGGAGGAGUGUGAUGAUUCCAUGGAGACACAGGAGAGUGAUAAGAUCAAAGAAGAAACAAAGAAAACAGCUGAGUCAUCAACAGCUACCACACAAGCUCCCCUGGGGGAUAAUGCAACAGAAGCUGUGGCACCACAAAUGAUGCAGAAAAGAAAGGCGAGUCUGUUUGACGCUACGGUCCACUCCAGCCAUGCUCAUGGGGCUCUGGCGGGGAGUGUACACGUUCCUGAUUCCAUCCCUGAGGCCGUUGAGGAGGGGGUAGAUGAGGAUGCCAAGCCAUCUCAGUCAAACACAGGUGCUGGUAGUGUGUCAUUUGCUGAUGGAACGGUGUAUGAACGAGAGAAACUGGUGAUUGGCCUGAGCAUCACAUCCUGCAGCCAGUCACAGGCCUCUGCAUUUGACGAGUGCUCCCUGAAUGUUUCCCAGUUCGUCCAGCUGACCGAAACUUUCCUCAACGAGCGACCUCCGAAGGAUCUCUUUGAGCUUCUCACUAAGUAUCUGAAGGAGCAGUAUAUGGAAACAGAGGAGGAGAAACUGAAAAGACUUGUCAAGGCCCGCCAGGAAGCCAUCUCUGCCAAGAGAAAGCUUAUGAUUAACGACCUGUUUGAGAAGUGGGACAAUGAUGGGUCAGGCUAUCUGGACCAGGAUGAGGUGGAGUCUGUCAUGCUCCUGUACAAGGAUGGUCAGGAGGCUGAGGCUAUUCACAUAGCAUGUGACCGUCUUAAACUGCACUCAGAGUAUGUUGACGUUCGGCUCAGUAAGCGAGAGUUCCGUGAUUUGCUGGAGAUGAUCGUGGAAGACAUGCCCGGCCCAGACAAUUUUGAUAACUUUGUGGAGUUCCUGACAAACCGCGUGGAGAGAAGUUUUGCGGAGAGAAUUCGGGGUGAAGCUCGUAAGAAGUGGCUGCAGCAGAUUGUGACUGCUGGAGAGACGGGAGGGUCCAGUAUGGAGCCUAUCUACAAGGCAGUCUUCCAGGCUCUCUAUAAGGACGCCGAAUCCCACGGUGGCGGGAAAAGGAUUAGUGCUAACAUUGCCAUGUUGGAGAAGAAUACCACUCAGCCUAGCCGUGGAGAUGUAGCACUACGCUACGUAGCGUGUACACCCGAAGAUGCAGAGUUUGUCCUUGGGAAAAUGCUCUACAAAGAUAUGCCUGGUGUGAGUUUUGCUGCGGUUGAAACUGGGAAACCCAUCCAUGUACCACGUGUCAGUAACCAUGGCAACAUUCAGUUUUGGAAUCCUGAGCGCACGGUGAAGGAAGGUUCGUUUAUUGUGGUCCCACUGAAGGAUCGGCGGAAGCGUGUGUUUGGGCUGAUGGGAAUAGACACACUGACUGACCCACACAGCAAAGCCAUCUUUAUCACUCACGAGAUUCAGUUCUUCCAGGGUGUAGCUAAAGCCUUCAGCAUUGCCUAUCACCAUGUAGACAUCCGUAAAAAGCUGCUGAGAAUCACGGAGAGCGCCAUCUCAUGGAUCUACCGACGCAGUCCUCACAUGAAUGAAAUAACGAUGUACCUGGUGGAGCCUGACGGGAAAGAGUUUGAUUACGUACUGCGGAAGAUGAUGACAACAGACCCGAAGGGGGCCCCACACACAUUUGAACCUCCACCUAAACUGGAGCGUAAAGACAAUCUCUUCAGAGACUACCUGUUCAAGUGUGUUGACAAUUCCGAGACCAUUUCCGCUGAUGCUUAUGGAGAGCGACACCUGGCCAUUCCCCUGAGGAAUGAGGUCGGCAAAGCUGUUGCCAUUGUAGACAUCGGAAUCGGAGAGCUGAAGAAGUUACCGGUACACGAGAACCGAGAGGUUCAGAGGAUGCUCAAACUCCUACAGAUGGCUCACAGGGAAAUCACAAAGGAGCUGGCCGGAGAAGAAAAGACCAUGGUCCUGGAGGUUGAGAAGGAUGAGGACACUCGAGUUGACGUGAUGUUUGACCGCCUCAUGCUGAUGGAACUGCGGGAAAACGUCUCCAAACUGGACUCGCGAUCCUACAGUGAACUGCGCAGUUACAAUGAGCCGCCUCGUGUCGUACAGGACAUCCUCAAGGCUGUCCUCUCCAUCUUUUACCUGGAGCAGGCAGAAAGUGGAGAGUUUGACGACUGGACUAAUGUCAAAUCCUACAUCAAUGCUGACCUGAGUCAGAAGAUAGCAGAGUACGACCCGACAGCAAGUGAAGUGCUAAUUCCUGCAGAGAAGGUCAUGGAUCUUCUUAAAGAUGUCCCUCAUGGAGCAGUCACUAAGCACGGGUCUGUCCCCGCCCAGCAUAUGUACAACUGGGUCUUUGUCUGUCUGUCCCUGAUUGAGCACACUCGCAAGAUGAGGGAAAACUCCCAAGGAAAUGUCUUGGCUGACAGCAAUGAUGACACUGAUGCAGAGGCUCAAGAGGGAGAAAACACAGCUGGUGAUGAGGUUGAGAGUCAAGUGGAGGGGGAGACGCAACAGGCUGCGUAACUGUUGGGCACGUAACAUUUACAGCCAUACAGGUGCUGUAUGAAAAAUGUACAGAUAUACUCUACAUAUUGCUUGGUUGAGCUUUACUUUGAUCAAACACUUCCGUGUCCGAGAUCCCAUCAGAAAGGUGUCUUGUGAUCCUACUUCAGGUAACAGCCAGGCAUUUAUGUUUAAUUGUUACUAUUGUUUUUCAGAAUUUUGUUGAUCAUCAGUACCAAUGGCUCAUUUGAAAUAUUCCUUCUUUAAGGCCCUAUUUCAUUUUUGUCAUUACACAUGUACUUCGCAUUUAUUAAGUACACUUACAUUUGUACUUCACAUGUAUUAAGUACAAUUACAUGUGUACUUUACAUGUAUUAAAUACAAUUACAUGUGUGCUUCACAUGUGUUAAGUACACUUACAUGUGUACUUCACAUGUAUUAAAUACAAUUACAUGUGUACUUCACAUGUAUUAAGUGUAAUUACUUUUGAACUUGAUAUGUGUACAUAUCAAUAUUUGUCUUGCUCAUAUAUACUCUUUAAAUUUUUUGUGUAUAUCAAAAGACUUUCAUUCCAGUAUUGCAAUUGUCAAAUGCUGUUUUUGGGAACAUGUUCUGUGGUGAGUUUUCAACAUGCACUACACACAAUUUCAGAUGUGUAUCGAGAAAAAAUGUCAAAUACUUCCAAAUAGUAUAGUUAUAGUAUGCAACUUUACCAACAGUAUUUGUCAAACUGUAUUUUGUGUAGACAAUAGUAUGUUUGCGAUUUAAUCCCACAAGUUACCAGUCAGCAUCAGACUAGUACAUAGAGGCAAACGUUGUGGUGGACUUUCCCAACAUGGAAAAGUUGUUCAACACUCCAAGAGGCACGUACAUCUAUACUAGUUUCCAUUAUUAGUAUAUUUUAGUGAUUAUAGCUAUUAUUAUUUUGCUAUCGCUGAUCGAAUAUUAGUGUCACAGGUGAAUCAGUUAUUAAGCAUUAAUGAAGUUGACAGUGGUUAGUGAUAAGUGCUUGUAUAUUUGUGUUUGGAAAGUUUAUUCCAUUGGGAUUAGAUGUGAGAGAAAGCAUAACUGUGAUAAUAAACAUUUUUAUA